GUGUUUACAAGUACUGUAAGAGAGACUGGGUCGUUGCCGGGAUUUCGCUGACAUUAUACGCUUUACGAAAAAACACAAUCCGAUCGGAGAGAGGAUAAUUACAGUUCGAGAAAAUGAAUUCCAGGGUGUCUACCUCGGGUAGCAGACCACGUGGAAGCGCUGGUUGGCGUUUCUCAUCAAACAGAACACCUGGAGGAACACCGAAACAAAAUGGAGAUGGUCCCCGCUAUCCAGAAAUCAGGCAACGAGGAUAUUACUCUGAUAUAUUGGACAGAGAUGCACAACGUGAACUUGGGAACGUUCUGGCCGGACCAGAAACUGAGCAAGACACAUCCUGGGUAGUUGCCACUGAAGACCACACUCCGCUGGUCUCCACAUUUCAAGUACCAGAAAAUAUACAAGACCACAUGAAAGAACAAGUCUAUGGUCCCACUUCAGAGAUACUCACAAAAUCAGAUUUUCCACUCAAAUCAUACGAACCCAAAGUGCAGCUGCCCUUUUUUGUCCCACCUGGUCACACACCAAGAAAAAUUGAAAUAGAGCGACAAAAGAGACAUUUUUCAAAACAAGAUUUAGUGGAUUUAUUACGAAAAGAAGGAAUUGAAACGGCUAAUUUGAUGCCGAAAUCUGACGCUAUACAUCAGCAAGUACGUUUGAAUUCGUCAUCAGAGGAUCCAGCACCGUUCCCGCCGUUUCUUCCUCUACACAUUUUUGAUGAUGUGGAGUUUGAUUGCAGAACUCCUGAGGAAUGGGUUAAAAUGGGACAGGAUAAUGGAGUGCGAAGACCUGUGCCGGGUAAAGCUUUACUACCGACAUGGGAUUCAACAGAACCUAUGGAUCCAAAAGACCCAUCCAUAGAGUAUGAGUGGUUUGAUGUCGGUAUGUUGGAUUACGAUAAAGAAGAACAGUUGUUUCUAGUACAGAAAGUUGAUAUGGAAGGUAGAAUUGUAGAUCAGAACGGUGAACCUAUCAUCAAUGGUGGACUCAAUGAGAAUGGAGAGAGAGUGAUGCUAACAAGUCAGUACUGGAUUCCACGUAUACGCCUCAUGUUCUCAGCUGAAGACCCAGCAAACCUUGCAUGUCGAGUAGCCAAGGCAUUCCGAGACAGAAAACACACCGAAGCAUUGCUACGUUACAAUCUGUAUAUAGAUUGUAUGCCGAUGGAAGGAGUUGGAGAGCUUGACACAGAGUGUUUAAAGCGCAUGUCAGACUGGGCAAAAGGUGCGCCUGCAUUAGCAAAGGAUAAAAGGGAUAGUACAUGUAUGCUAAUUUUAUUGAUGCAACGGUGUUCAAUUACAUGCGAAUACACAUCUAGUAUAUUUCCUAUGACUCAUUAUUGUAUUUUCUUCAAAGGCUAUUACAUGGAUGUACCAGACUACCCAUUUGAUGAAAUCUACGACAGUUUUGCCUUCAAUUCAUUGCUGACGAGAGAGGAAGCCAUCGUGGCUAUGAUGAAAGUACGCACCGAGUGCAACAGAGUGUGUGGCAUGUCAUUAUUCCAUGUUCCUAUGAUGAAAUACAUGAGAUUAGAGGAAUUUGAACAGACGCAGAGUCAAGCAAGUUCACAGGUUCAGUUAUUCCUAAAGGACAGUUGGAUAUCAACUCUACGUGCUGCAAUCAGGACAAGUUUACGUGAUGUAGGAAAAGGAUGGUUCAAUCUACAUGAGACAAAUUGGGAAGUCUAUCAAAUCUCCAAACUCAAGAAGUUUAUGGAAAUGGUCAAGUUCUCUAUGCAGGACUCCCUGAGAUAUCUGGUACAAGAUUCUCUAGUUAAUUUUACACAGAUGAUCCUGGACGCAUGUCACAUGAUUCUCAAUCUAGAGGAAGAUAUGCAGUGGGAAGGUGAUGUCAUGACAAGUCGAUACAGGCCCAAGAAGAAUCCAUUAUUCCUGGUAGAUCUUGUUCUGGACAUGGCCGGAUCUCAUUACAGUACAAAUCUCAAUAACUUUGAGACCAUGCUGAUCAACCUAUUUGAUAAUGCUAUUAGUAAAACACAAACUGUACCACAGCUUGAGAAGUACGUAUUAGAAGACAUAUUUUGGGCUGAUACUCCACUACUAGAGUCAGUAGGGGAGCAUGAGCCUCCUGUUGAAGAUCUACGAGAUGCCAUACGUAACGCUAUCAAGAAAUCCAUGAAUCCCAUGAAAGCUUAUGCCAGAGCUUAUGAGAAACAUCUAGAACUCAUGAACCUGGAUGUCAAUCAGUAUACUAAGGAUUACGAUUCCAAAGAACACACUGCUGCCGAGGUCAAGAAGGAAAUAGAGGACCACUUGUCAGCUAAAGAGAAACUAGAGAACAGUAUACCGUCUAGUAUCGUCAUGGGACCAUUUCACAUAAACACGGAGAAUGUUCGACAGGGACUCAGCAAAAAGCGUAAAAGCCUUGCUAAUGCCCUCCUUGAACUACUCGCUAAGAAACUACGUAAACAGGCAGAUGAUGCAUGUGAAGAAUUCAAAUCCAUCUCUCGUCGCUUGUACGAGAAACCCAACUGUAUUGAAGACCUUUCUGAGAUGAAAACGUGGAUGGAAUCAAUCCCGGACAGACUCAAGGAACAUCAAGAAAUCAUUGAUAAAGCCAUGUCAGAUUACGAUCUGAUUGAGGAGUUCUAUUAUAACUUAUCCACUGAUGACUUCAAUUCCAAAUGGACAGCAGUGGCAUGGCCACACAAGAUUGACAUACAGAUGGAACAAGUCAACAAACAGUUAGAAGAGGAUCAAGAGCGCUUCCAAAAGAUCCAAAUAACGGAUCAGAACAACUUCCAAGACCGUCUGGAUACUUUACAGAUGGUUGUCGCUGGUUUUGCUGCUCACACGGAUAUCAAUAAAGCUCAUGAAGUCGCGAAUGAAGUACGUCGUGUUAAUAAACAACUGAAGGAGUGUCAGACCUUGGCGAGUAUGUACAACAACAGAGAGAGACUGUUUGACUUACCAAUUACAAACUAUGAUAAACUAGCUAGAUUGGUCAAAGACUUUGAGCCAUUCAAGAAUCUCUGGUUGACCACCUCUGAUUGGCUGAAAUGGCAUGAGAGUUGGAUGAACGAUCCGCUGACGUCAAUUGAUGCCGAGCAGUGUGAACGAACUGUUAUGGAUUCGUACAAAACAAUGCAUAAAUGUGUCAAGUUCUUCAAGGAUAUUCCCGGUGUUCAGAAUGUAGCCACUGAAAUCAAACAGUGGGUAGAAGACUUCAAACCGUACAUCCCGCUCAUCCAGGGUCUGCGUAACCCAGGUAUGAGAGAGCGUCAUUGGUUGACGUUGUCACAGGACUUGGGAUUCACUGUGCGUCCCAAGCAGUCAUUGACUUUCAGUAAAUGUCUGGAGAUGAAGUUACAGGAUCAUAUCGAUAAAAUCGCUAAGGUGGCAGAGGUUGCUGGUAAAGAGUAUUCCAUAGAACAGGCUUUGGAUAAGAUGGAGAAUGAAUGGAAACCUGUGGUAUUUGAAAUUAUGCCAUAUAAGGACACAGGUACAUUUAUCAUGAAAGGCUCAGAUGAGUGUACGCAACUUUUAGAUGACCAUAUCGUCAUGACGCAGAGCAUGUCCUUCUCACCGUUUAAGAAACCAUUCGAAGAGAGGAUAUCAACGUGGGAAGGAAAACUAAGAAUGACUCAGGAUGUAUUGGAUGAGUGGUUGAAUUGUCAGCGUGCAUGGCUUUAUCUAGAACCCAUCUUCAGCUCUGAUGACAUCAACAGACAACUCCCUGUAGAAAGUAAACGAUACCAAACUAUGGAUAGAAUGUGGCGAAGAAUCAUGAAAAAUGCCAAAGAAAAUCCACAGGUUAUUUCCUUGUGUCCUGAUGCUAGACUUUUAGAUAACCUUAAAGAGUGUAAUAAACUAUUAGAACAAGUCCAGAAAGGUUUGAGUGAAUACUUGGAGACAAAACGUGCAGCAUUCCCCAGAUUCUAUUUCUUGUCUGACGAUGAGUUGUUGGAGAUCUUAUCUCAGACUAAAGAUCCUACCGCUGUACAGCCGCAUUUGAGGAAAUGCUUUGAGAAUAUUGCUAAGUUAACAUUUGAGCAAGACUUGAAGAUAACUGAGAUGUUCUCCGGGGAAGGUGAGAAAGUGGCGUUCAGUGAGACACUGUACCCUACAGGCAAUGUAGAAGAUUGGAUGGGAGAGAUCGAGAGAGUCAUGAAAGAGAGUCUCAGAAGUAUACUUGGUAAUGCUGUCAAGAAAUACACAGAGAUGCCACGUACUGAAUGGGUCUUACUGUGGCCAGGUCAGGUGGUCAUUGCUGUAUGUCAGGUCUUCUGGACUAAGAUGGUAGAAGAUGCAUUGAAGGCUGAUCAGUUGGCAGAGUUGUAUGAAACACUCAAAGACCAGUUGCAUGAUCUGGUUGCAUUGGUACGUGGUAAUCUCAGUAAGUUACACCGUAUGAUAAUGUCGGCGUUGAUCGUUGUUGAGGUCCACGCACGUGAUGUGGUUGCCAAUAUGGUGAAAGAGAAUGUGAAAAAUCACGACUUUGAAUGGAUUAGUCAGUUGAGGUAUUAUUGGGUCGAUGAUGGUCUAUACAUCCGUGCUGUAAACGCUGAAUUUCCAUAUGGAUAUGAAUACCUCGGUAACACAGGACGUCUCGUCAUCACGCCGCUAACUGACAGAUGUUAUCUAACACUGACUGGUGCUUUGCAUCUGAAAUUUGGUGGCGCUCCCGCUGGUCCUGCUGGAACUGGAAAGACCGAAACUACUAAGGAUCUUGGUAAAGCCUUAGCCAUCCAGACAGUGGUGUUCAAUUGCUCUGAUCAGUUGGAUUUCAUGGCUAUGGGGAAAUUCUUCAAAGGUUUGGCCAGUGCUGGUGCCUGGGCAUGUUUUGAUGAGUUCAACCGUAUUGAUAUAGAAGUAUUGUCUGUAGUGGCACAACAGAUUACUACUAUACAGAAAGCACAACAACAGAGGAUGAUUGUGCAUUCAUUCAUACUUUUAAUGAUCAAUAAUAAAUUAUAUGUGCUUCAUCAUCAUUAUUAUUAUCUGUUUCUCAUCAUGAUUACACUGUCUUCUAUCACUCAUUAUUUCUCAUCUAUCACUGGUACCAGAAUAGAGGAGCCAAUAGACUAUGGUGAGCUUGAAUCUUCUAUCAGAAAACAAUGUAAUAAACUGAGUCUAAAAGAUGUUGACGGGUUCGUCACUAAAUGCAUUCAGUUGUAUGAAACCACAGUUGUGAGGCAUGGUCUUAUGAUGGUUGGACCAGCUGGCUCUGGCAAGACUAGGAGUUAUGAGGUCUUAAAGAAGGCAUUAUCUGCAUUGAAAGGUAGACCCGCUGUAGGCGGUGGUACCUACGAAACUGUUCAUACGUACGUACUCAAUCCCAAGUCUAUCACUAUGGGACAGUUGUACGGUGAAUUUGAUUUGCUCACUCAUGAAUGGACUGACGGUAUCCUGUCAUCGUUGAUUCGUGUUGGCGCGUCUUCCCAGGAUGAAGACAGUCGUUGGUAUAUAUUUGAUGGCCCAGUGGACGCUGUCUGGAUUGAAAACAUGAACACAGUACUGGACGACAAUAAGAAACUGUGUUUGAGUAGCGGAGAAAUUAUCAAACUGACUGACUGGAUGCGAAUGAUGUUUGAGGUAGCUGAUUUAGCAGUGGCGUCUCCCGCCACUGUUAGCCGAUGUGGUAUGGUUUACUUAGAGCCGAGUAUUCUGGGACUACAUCCAUUUGUUGAAUGCUGGCUUAAGAAGUUACCUGACAAUAUCUACCCACAUAAAGACGCACUCAAGGAUCUUUUUGAUAGAUAUAUGGAGGAUUCAAUCAAUUAUGUUCGAGGUAGUCUGAAAGAAAUUGUUCCGACGAUGGACAGUCAGUUGUGUCUGAGUUUACUCAAGUUGUUGGAUUGUUUCUUUACACCAUUCAUUCCCAGAGAGGGUGACAAGCCGAUAUCUGAAGAGAAGCUGGGACGUAUCGAAGAACUGAUAGAACCGUGGUUCUUCUUUUGCUUGGUGUGGAGCGUUGGUGCGACUGUCGAUAUUGACGGCCGGAUUAAGUUUAGUGAGUGGCUACGUGAAAGAAUGCAGAAAGAAGGGGUAAAGUUGGCCUUCCCAGCACACGGGACUGUAUAUGACUACGUACUAGAUGAUGCAGGUAUAAGCCAGACCAGAAACAAAGAAGACGAUGAUGAAGAUGAGGGCUCCAAGAAGGAGGUGAAAUGGUCAGGAUGGAUGACUGGUAAACCUGAAUUUAAAAUCACACCGGAGAUGAAAUUCUCUGAUAUCAUUGUACCCACAGCUGACACAGUAAGGUCUGCGUACAUGUUGGAAACACUACUCACUAACAAAAAAACGGUACUUUGCGUUGGUAACACUGGUACUGGUAAAACACUCACAAUUGCCGACAAACUGCUGAGAAAUAUGCCCAAGGAAUAUGUACCAAACUUUAUGUCAUUCUCAGCGCGGACCAGCGCUAAUCAGACUCAAGAUCUAAUUGAUGGAAAACUAGAUAAACGUCGGAAAGGCGUAUUUGGUCCUCCUCUUGGGAAAUACUUUGUCUUCUUUGUGGAUGACUUAAACAUGCCGGCAUUAGAAGUGUACGGAGCACAGCCGCCAAUAGAGCUGGUCAGACAAUGGGUGGACCAUAAGGGAUGGUAUGAUAGAAAGCAGAUUGGUGCCUUCCGUGAGUUGGUGGAUAUUAAUUUCCUCUGCGCCAUGGGUCCACCUGGUGGUGGUAGGAAUCCACUGACAGCUCGGUUAGCCAGACAUUUCAAUUUCCUAUCAUUCUGCGAGAUGGAAGACUCCAGUAAAUUCACUAUCUUCUCCACUAUUCUCAGUAGCUGGCUAGAAUCUUCGGCAUCUGUUAAGGAGUUUGGAGAAAAAAUGGUGAAUGCUUCAAUAUUAGUGUACAACACAAUUACAACACAGCUGUUACCGACCCCAGCUAAGAGUCAUUAUACUUUCAAUCUAAGGGAUCUCUCCAAAGUAUUCCAGGGUAUGUUGAUGGCUGAUGCUAGUAAACUGGAAUCAAUAAAUCAGUUACUACGAUUAUGGUACCACGAGAGUGCCCGUGUUUUCUGUGAUCGUCUCAUCAAUAACGAAGACAGACAGUGGUUUGAAGAGCUCUUGACACAGAGAAUGAGUGAUGACUUCAAUACAAAAUUUGAAGAUGUAGUCGUGCGAAGUCCGUUACUGUACGGUGAUUUUAUGGUUCCAAACUCAGAAAAUAAAAACUACCAAGAAAUUGAUGACAUUCCUAAGAUGACAAGAAUCUUAGAAGAAUACUUAGAAGACUACAACCAGAUCACAACAGCUCCGAUGAAACUGGUAUUAUUCGAAGACGCUACCAGACAUGUGACUCGUAUUUCUAGAAUUAUUCGGCAGCCGCUAGGAAAUGCCUUACUGCUAGGUGUAGGAGGUAGUGGAAGGCAGAGUUUAACCAGACUGGCUACUCAUAUGGCUGAGUAUGAUUGUUUCCAAAUUGAACUGUCAAAGAAUUAUGGAGUGCCUGAAUGGAGAGAAGAUCUGAAGAAUAUUAUGUUGAAAGCUGGCUUAGAAAACAAACAGAUUGUUUUCCUUUUCUGUGACACUCAGAUCAAAGCUGAAUCUUUCCUGGAAGACAUCAACAACAUAUUGAACGCUGGUGAUGUUCCUAAUAUUUAUAGUUUUGAUGAGUUAGAUCAGAUUUAUAACGGUAUGAAACCAGUGGUAGUUGACGCUGGUCAACAACCGACCAAAGCUAACCUCUACUCAGCUUACACCAAGAGAGUCAAAAUGAACAUCCAUACUGUGCUAUGUAUGAGUCCAAUUGGUGAGAUAUUCCGUGCCCGUCUACGUCAGUUUCCGUCUCUUGUUAAUUGUUGCACCAUUGAUUGGUUCAGUGAGUGGCCGGAUGAGGCAUUGCAAUCCGUGGCUAAGACGUUCCUCUCUGAGAUUGUGGACUUGGAACAAGGUGAUGACGAUGAAGCUACAGCUAAGCUGAUAAAUGGAUUGGUACACAUGUGUGUAGAGGUUCAUCAAUCCGUGACAAAGAAAGCGAAACUAUUCCUCGCUGAGUUAUCCCGUCAUGUGUACAUCACACCAACUGCUUAUUUAGAACUACUCGGGAUCUUCUCGAAGCUGAUCGGUAUGAAGAAGACUGAGCUGAAAACUGCUAAGAACAGAAUGAAGACUGGUCUGGACAAGUUGUUAAAUACAGCUGAGGAAGUUGACAAACUUCAAAAAGAACUGGAGACUAUGAAACCUAUGUUAGAAGAGGCUGCUAGGGAGACUGAACUCACCAUAGAAAAGAUUGCUAAGGACACAAUUGUGGCUGAGGAAACAAAGAACGUUGUCGAGAAAGAAGAACAUGAAGCAGCGGGUAAAGCCAGAGAAACCAAAGCCAUUGCUGAUGAUGCACAGAGGGAUUUGGAUGAAGCACUUCCAGCAUUGGAUGCUGCAUUGGCCAGUCUCAAGUCAUUGAAUAAGAAUGAUGUUAUUGAGGUACGUGCCAUGCAGAGGCCACCCAACGGUGUACGUAUGGUCAUAGAAGCUGUCUGUAUCAUGAAAGGUGUCAAACCAAAAAGAGUACCUGGAGACAAGCCUGGUGAAAAGAAAGAUGAUUAUUGGGAUCCUGGUAAAAGUUUGCUACAAGAUCCAGGAAAAUUCUUGGAAAGUUUGUUCAAAUAUGAUAAGGACAACAUCCCUGAUUCUAACAUUGCCAAGAUUCAACCGUACAUUGACAGUGAAGAUUUCCAACCUGCAGCUAUUGCCAAAGUAUCCAAGGCUUGUACCUCCAUCUGUCAGUGGGUCAGAGCUAUGCACAAAUAUCACUUUGUUGCCAAAGGUGUGGCUCCCAAAAGGGAGAAACUUAGGAUCGCUCAAGAAGAGUUGGCUGAGACUCAGAAGAUUCUUGCCGAGGCCAAGGCUCGCCUCCAGGAAGUACAGGACGGUAUCGCAACCUUACAAGCCAAGUACGAAGAUUGUGUUGCCAAGAAACAAGAACUAGAAGCCAAGUGCGAAGAGUGCGAACAGAGACUAGUCCGUGCAGAUAAGUUGAUUGGAGGACUGGCAGACGAGAAAGACCGCUGGGCUGAGUCCGUCAAGGAGCUGACGUUCAUCAUUGACAAUAUUGUUGGUAAUGUUAUCGUAGCUGCAUCGUACGUCGCUUACCUUGGACCUUUCACAGGUGAAUAUCGAGCUUCAUUAUUGGAAGAGUGGUCAGACAAGUUUGAAUCAUUCAACGUACCGCACACUAAAGAUAACAGUCUGGUGUCCACCUUGGGAAACCCUGUUAAGAUUCGUAGUUGGCAGAUUGCUGGUCUGCCGAGAGACACACUCUCUGUGGAGAACAGUGUAAUAGUACAGUAUUCGCAAAGAUGGCCACUGUUUAUAGAUCCACAAGGACAGGCCAACAGAUGGAUUAAAACUAUGGAGAAAGACAAUGGUCUUGAUAUUAUCAAGUUAACUGACCGUGAUUUCCUGAGGAGUCUCGAGAAUGCUGUGAGAUUUGGAAAACCAUGUUUGUUGGAGAAUGUAGCCGAGGAGUUAGAUCCAGCAUUGGAACCUAUUCUUUUGAGACAGACAUUUAAACAGCAAGGUAGUUUAGUGAUAAAACUUGGAGAUGCAGUCAUCCCAUAUCACGAUGAUUUCAAGUUUUAUAUCACAACCAAACUACCCAAUCCUCACUACACGCCAGAAGUAUCUACUAAAGUCACUGUCGUCAAUUUUACACUCUCUCCAAGUGGCCUGGAAGAUCAGGUGUUGUCCCGUGUUGUUGCUGAAGAGAGACCGGAUUUGGAAGAAGCCAAGAACCAGUUGAUCAUCAGUAAUGCCAAGAUGAAGCAAGAGUUAAAAGAGAUCGAGGACAAGAUUUUAGAACGUUUGAGUUCAUCAGAAGGAAGUCCAGUAGAUGAUGUGGAUCUCAUCGCUACAUUAGAAGCUUCUAAAAUCAAAUCACUGGAGAUUAAGGCUAAAGUGGCAGUAGCUGAAGAGACAGAGAAGGAAAUUGACGUCACCCGUAGUCUGUACAUCCCAGUGGCUGUGCGAACAUCUCUGCUGUUCUUCUGUACAACUGACUUAGCUAAUGUAGACCCUAUGUAUCAGUAUUCAUUGGAGUGGUUCACGGGAUUGUUUAUGGCUGGUAUUGCAAACUCUGAGAGGGCUGAGAAAGUGUCGGAGCGUAUUAUACACAUCAAUGACUACUUCACGUUCAGUCUUUAUAGUAAUGUAUGCAGGAGUUUAUUUGAGAAGCAUAAACUGAUGUUCUCGUUCUUGGUGGCGAUACGAAUACUGAUGAAUGAAGGCAAAAUUAACAUGGAUGAAUGGAGAUUUCUAUUGGGCGGAGGUACCAGUACACCUGAAGAAUUACCCAAUCCUGCAUCAGAUUGGUUAUCAGAAAGAUCUUGGAUUGACAUUCUUAUUAUGUCUGGCCUGCAAAGACUUCAUAAUUUUGCGAGAGAGUUUGGAGAUCACUUGGACUCUUUCAAGCAUUACUUUGAUAGCAUCGAUCCUCACCGUGAAGAAUUACCAGGUCACUGGAAUGAAGAUCUAGAUGAUUUUCAGAAGAUAGUCGUACUGAGGUGUAUACGAGCUGACAAAGUCACCAACGCAAUGCAGGACUAUGUAGCUAAACAUCUUGGCCAGCGGUUUAUUGAACCACAGACUGCAGACUUGUCCAUUGCAUUCAAAGAUUCCAAUGCUACAACACCCUUGAUUUUUGUCUUGUCUACGGGUACUGAUCCGGCCGCGGAUCUUUACAAGUUUGCUGAAGAGAUGAGGUUUGCAAAGAAACUCAAUAUCAUUUCUCUUGGUCAAGGACAGGGUCCCCGUGCUGAGGCUAUGAUGCGUAGUGCUAUGGAUCGUGGUAAAUGGGUGUUCUUUCAGAACUGUCACUUAGCGCCUAGUUUCAUGCCAGCAUUGGAGAGACUUAUUGAAAACAUUGAUCCUGACAAGGUACAUCGUGAUUUCCGCUUAUGGCUGACCAGUAUGCCGAGUCCUAAGUUCCCGGUACCAGUGUUACAGAAUGGUGCCAAGAUGACUAUGGAACCACCUAAAGGAAUAAAAGCAAAUUUAUUGCAGUCCUAUACCAGCUAUAAUGAUGAACUACUCGCUUCAUGUGGUGAAAAGACACAUGAGUUCAAAUCAUUGCUGCUAUCAUUGGCGUUAUUCCAUGCAGUAACUGUAGAGCGAAAGAAGUUUGGACCUCUCGGUUUUAACAUUCCGUACGAAUUCACAACAGGCGAUCUACGUAUCUGUGUCAGUCAACUCAAAAUGUUUCUAAUUGAAUAUGACGAGACUCCUUAUAAGGUGUUAACUUAUACAGCGGGUCAUAUCAACUACGGUGGACGUGUGACGGAUGACCAUGACAGAAGAACUAUCAUGAAUAUAUUGGCUGAUUUCUACAACCCUGCUGUCUUAGAAGAGGAACAUUCAUACUCUGCAUCUGGUAUCUACAGGCAGAUUCCAACAAUCAUGGAUCACAAUGGUUACAUGGCUUACAUUCGAAGCUUACCACUGAAUGAUACACCGGAAAUAUUUGGUCUCCAUGACAAUGCCAACAUCACGUUUGCCCAGAAUGAAACCUUUGGGUUGCUAGAAUCUUUGGUUCAGUUACAACCAAAGACUGGUGGUGGCGGUGGUGGAGCUUCCACUGAAGAGGUCAUUGAAGAAACCUCCAAGGGUAUUUUAGAGAAAGCACCGAAACCGAUCGAUUUGAAUAUGGUAAUGCAGAAAUACCCAGUCAGAUAUGAAGAAUCUAUGAAUACCGUGUUGAUACAAGAAGUUAUCAGAUAUAACCGGUUAUUGAAUGUCAUUCAUCGAUCAUUGCAAGAUUUAUUGAAAGCGUUGAAAGGUUUGGUUGUGUUAUCCCAAGAGUUGGAAACGAUGUCAAAUAGUUUAUACAUCAACAAAGUGCCUGAUAUGUGGGCUAAUAAGGCAUAUCCAUCAUUAAAACCACUUGCAUCAUGGGUAAAUGACUUGGUAGAAAGAAUGGAAUUUAUCCAGACGUGGAUAGAGAAUGGUAUUCCCAGCGUAUUCUGGAUCUCCGGGUUCUUCUUUCCACAAGCUUUCCUGACUGGAACAUUGCAGAACUAUGCAAGACAAGCUGUGAUAUCAAUUGAUACUAUUUCAUUUGAUUUUAAGGUGAGAAAGGAAGAAUCAAAAGAACUGAGUGAACGACCAAAGAAUGGUUGUUAUAUCCGUGGUCUGUUUAUAGAAGGCGCUAGAUGGGACUAUGAUAACCACCAACUUGGAGAGUCGCGUCCUAAAGAACUGUACACGGAUUUCCCAGUGAUGCAAUUGAUACCAGAGUCUAACAGAGUACAGCCAGAGAGUGGUAUCUAUUACUGUCCUGUGUAUAAAACACUUACUAGAGCUGGUACUUUGUCAACUACAGGCCACUCCACAAAUUACGUUGUUUCAGUCGAAGUGCCAUCAAAUGAGAAACAGUUCCAUUGGAUCAAACGUGGAGUUGCGCUUAUCUGUGCCUUGGACUACUAAUGCAAGACCACUCAUUGGUGCUGCAAUUCUCAGCCAACAUUUUGAAUCCUGCUGCGUAUAUUUACUUUUAACCAGCAGUGAAAUGUAUUCUUUCUGUGUUCGUUGCAUUUCCAAUUAUGUAAAUAGUUCUGUUUGAUAUGCAAUUUUGUAUGAUGAUAUUUGUAUUUGUUUAGUGUAUAUAUAAUUAAUAUACAGUUGUACAUUAUUUAACCAUGCUCCUGAUCUACUUUUAUAUAUUCUGUUCAAGAGAAUCCCUCCGUCCACAUCCUCUAUAAAAUUGUUGAUGCUCUGAUGUUGUAUAUUACACUGUUUCACUCCACUGGAGUCAGGUUAUAAUUCUCUUCAUUUCAUUCCAAAAAUGAAUUAAAUUAUUUUCAUUGUAACAGCGUUGUUGUGACAGAGAGUAACAGCAUGUUUAAAUAGGGUUAAUCCAUGAAAGCAAAAACAGGAUUAUAUUGCGUUUUAAACAUUUUAUAAAAACAGUUUUGACAAUGUGAUAUUGUCUAUGUUUUUUAUUGUGGAAAUCAGUGUCUGUAUUUUUUCAACUACACUUAUUCUGACAUGUGUGAUCCACGGUUGUCCAUUUAAACUUUACAGUUUGACAUGCCGUCCAAUAUUUUGAAAUGUGUUAUUUCAUUGUGAAUAUCAAUGAACGAUUAUAUAUAGGUUUUGAGAUUUAUAAAAUAAAUUUCAUAUUAUCA